AAAAGAAAGAAACCACCUCCCUCGCAGACAAGAACAUGGCCGAACAAGCUAUUCACACACUCUCUCUCUUUCUCUCUCUCGCUCUCCCUCUCUCUCUCUCUCUCUCUAAAAUCGCGAAGUACCAAAAGGACUGUUUGAAACCCUAGCUUUAUUUUAUCUCUUCUUUUCUUGUUUCUUUCGUUGUUUUUUGUCAUUCCGGCUGUUUCUUGUAAUUGAAGCAUCGAAUUAUUUUCUGUGAUCUGAGAAAUCUGUGAAAUGUACUGUUGGAGGAGUGGAAACCCUAACUGCCAUUGAUGAAGCUAUUUCGUCGAUGCCAGAGGAUCCUCAUCCUCACUCUGCUCUCCGUCUCUGUUUUCGCGCCCAUCAUCUUCGUCUCCCAAAAGCUAAAAAAUCUCUCAACUACUGGGCGGAAGGAAUUCAUAGAGGAUUUGUCGAAUAUUAAAUACAGGACUGAUGGUUUGAAACUUAGUGUUGAGCAGGAAGCAAGUGAAGGCUUGAAAGAACCCAGAAAAGUUCUAUAUGAAGAUAAGGAUUUGGUUUCUACUGUUAGUUACACUCUUAAAGAGAACCACGAUGCUAAGGAAUCUGGAAAUGUGGGAGACACUACUGAUAUGUUAGAAAGAACUGAAAAUGGAACCAAAUAUGAGAACCAAGACGGAGAUAAAAAAUUUCAGCAGAGAGAAAUAUCAUCCAUGUAUGGAGAAAAGAAACAAUUGAACCAAGAAAUAGUCCAGCAAGAUCAGAAUGCACACUCUCAGUCACGGAAAGUAAUAGAUGGGAAAAUAGAACAGUUGAAAGAUGUAAAACCUAACCGUGCAGUUCCACACGACAAGAAUGUGCAAAAUAUGCUGAAAGUGACAGAGAAGAUAAAUGAGAUGAAAGAUCAAGUGGUUAGAGCUAAACUAUACUUGAGUUUUACACCACCAGGCAGCAAGUCGAAUCUCGUGAAGGAGUUGAAACUGCGAAUUAAAGAGGUGGAACGAGCAAUUAGUGGAGCCACCAAGGAUUCAGAUUUAUCCAGGAGUGCUUUGCAGAGAAUGAGAAACAUGGAGUCUUCACUAUCUAAAGCCAGCCGUGCUUACCCAGAUUGCUCCUCAAUGACCACAAAACUCCGUUCUAUGACUCAGAACACCGAAGAGCAAGUUCAGUCGCAGAAGAAGCAAGUCUCUUAUCUUUUUCACCUUGCUGCAAGCACAACUCCGAAAGGUCUUCAUUGUCUUUCUAUGCAGCUGACUGCAGAAUACUUUGCUCUGGAUCCCAAGGAGAGGCAGUUUCCUAACCAACAAAAGUUGCAUGAUCCGAAGCUCUAUCAUUAUGCUGUCUUCUCUGACAAUGUUCUGGCAUCUACAGUCGUUGUGAACUCCACUGUUUCCACUGCCAUGGAACCCGAGAAGAUUGUUUUUCAUGUGGUGACUGAUUCACUCAAUUUUCCAGCAGUCUCAAUGUGGUUCUUAUUAAAUCCUCCUGGCAAAGCCACAAUCCAGGUCCAGAGCAUAGAGAGUUUUGAUUGGCUGUCUACUAAGUACCAUGCAGCAUUAAGGCAAAACUCCAGUGACCCUAGAUAUGCUUCUGAACUCAACCACCUCCGAUUCUAUCUGCCAGAAAUCUUUCCUACAUUGAAUAAGAUUGUGUUCUUUGAUCAUGAUGUGGUGGUGCAAAAGGAUCUAACUAGAUUGUGGAGUAUUAAUAUGAAAGGGAAAGUAAAUGCAGCUGUUGAGACUUGUCAUAAAAGUGAAACUUCCUUCCAUCGGAUGGGUGCAUUUAUCAACUUCUCGGAUCCAUUUGUAGCAAAGAGGUUUCAUGCCGAUGCAUGCACUUGGGCAUUUGGCAUGAAUUUGUUUGAUCUUCAAGAGUGGAGGAGACAGAAUCUAACUACUGUCUACCAUAAAUACUUGCAAUUGGGCAAUAAGAGGCCAUUGUGGGUGGCUGGGAGUUUGCCCUUAGGUUGGGUCACCUUCUAUAAAAAGACAGUAGCUUUGGACAGGCGAUGGCAUAUCCUUGGGCUGGGUUAUGAGUCUGGUGUGGUUCGUCCUGACAUUGAUCGAGCAGCAGUAAUACACUAUGAUGGAAUUAUGAAGCCAUGGUUGGAUAUUGGGAUUGGGAGGCACAAGGGUUAUUGGAGCAAAUAUGUGAACUAUGAAGACUCUCAUCUGCAACGGUGCAACAUACAUGCGUAGUCCACUACUAAAAUGGUGGGAUUAAGAUGACCUGUACCACACAAUUAGUUGCUUAUUGCUCCAGGAUGAUGGAACUGCACUGGUUCACACAAUUCUUUCUUUAACGAUUCUUCAAUGUAAAGUCGAGCUCAAUUUUUUCCCACAUUUUUCUGGGCAUAAUCUUCUAGGAUCCGAGAGUCAAAAUAUAGGAAUAAUUGGAAUCAAUAAGUGUCCCUGGGGGAUUUUGUACUGCGGGUCUGUAUUUCAUGUACAUAACUUUCUUUCAACUCCUUAGCUAGACUCCUACAAGCAUUUUUCGAUAUAGACAGAGUUACUUGAAAUCAA